AUGCGUAAUAUGUUUGCUGCUGCUACCAAAAGUUUUGUUAAGCAGGUUGGCGACGGAGGUCGAUUAGUUCCUGUUCGUAGCCUCAGUGAAGCUGAUAAAUAUCAACCCCUCGGUCUUGUUCUAAAGAAGAAAAGCUGUUUUAUUUCCAAAAGCUCCAAAUUCGUUUCAACACCAUUCAGCCUAAAAGACAUUCUUCAAGGAGAGAAAGAAAUUUCAGCUGGUAUUUCAUCUUACCAGUUACUGAAUUAUGAAGACAAAUCAGAUGUAACACUCAAUGGUAGACGAGGAAAUCACAUCAUGACUUCUGCUGGGGUCAAUAUUGCUGGAUCAGAUUCCCUUGCAGUGAAGGCUUCAUUUGGCAUUGUAACUAAACAUGAAGUUGAGGUACCAAUAUUACUCAGAGAACUCACAAAUAGAAAAAUUAACUUUGAACACUGCCUUGUUCGUCAGUCACGUGAAAGUAAGAGGACAGUUCUUUGUAUGGUUAUGGAGAGUAUUAGAACAACACGGCAGUGUUCACUCUCCGUGCAUGCUGGCAUGAGAGGCGACACAAUGAGGUUUCAUAUUAUAGAUGAUCAUAAUUACAAGGGACGUGACAAAGCUAUUGUCUUUCCUGCACAUACAACUAUUGCAUUUAGUGUGUUUGAACUUUAUAUUCACUUGGAUGGUGAUUUUGAGCUCUGUGUCACUCCAGAAUCAAAAGGAGGAUUUGAAAAAGAGCCAUCUACAUCAUUUUCACUAAUCAAAUUAAGGAAUCGUCUGUUCCAUCGAAAAAAAAGGGUAAUGGAUAUCAUUGCUCACUCUGAUAAUUACUUAGAUGACCUUUUUGCAGACUACUAUGAAAAAGCUGCAAGCAUGACUGACAUUUCCACAAACUUUCUCCAAGAAGGGACUCACAUACGAGUGAAUUUACUUAACAACAACAUCCCCAAAGGUCCUUGUUCCCUUUGCGGAAUGGGAAGUUCUAGAAGGGAAACAGUCUAUGGUUGUCUUGAGUGUUCUUUUAAUGGACAAAAGUUUGCACGACUACAUGCUGUGCCUUGUUUUGAUCUAUGGCACAAGAGAGUGAAAUAAAAAUGCCUAUGAAUGGCUCAUUGUAUACUUAGGUAUGAUUGUGCCACAGACUUCCUAAUGGGUUUUGACUGCAAACACAUAAAAUAUGGAACAAAAAUACAUUGUUUCAUGUUUUAACCCCACAAUAGUUCUUCUGUAAUAUAAACUAUAUCAAUUCAGAGCUUCCCAAUGUUUUGAGUUCUUCGAUAACAUAUUCUAAUUGUAUAAUUCUUAAUAACUACUAGCACAUCAUACACUUUUAGUUAGAAUUUCAAAAUUGCAUUAAAAAACCUAGAAGUGUUUAAUUGAUGUGUAAAGCUAAUUUGUGUAUUUGUAGGAAUAAUUUGGAAAUAUUUCCCUUUUCUAAAUAAAAGAAUGUGUUUUCCUUUAACUACACCACAGCAAGAUGUUAAGAAAACAUAUGCAUUAUUUAUUGCUGGUAUAAAUAGUUAAUUGGAGUAUCAGAUGAAGAACAUGUUUGUGUUUGCUCUGUUUAAAGAUACAUUUAGACAGAAAUAAAAGCUAGCUGGUAUGACACAAGUGUCUGAAUUUAGAUUUGCCAACGUGUCCCUGCUUAUAUCCCUCUUUUAUUUAGUCCAUAUUUAUCAUUAAUACAAUGCAAGUUCAGUUUGUUUUUAAAAUAUUGCUAUUUUUAGUGACUUUUGAUUUUUUUUUGUAAUAAAGAUAUACCAUUUUGAAAAAAACACCUCUCCUUUUUUCCAGUUACUUAUCUGCUGUGAAUAUAGCAUAAAGUCUAAAACCACUGAAACAUA